AUAGAUUUUAUUUUUUAUCAUUGUGCGACGUGAAUAUUUGUAGGACACCCGAUAUAAUUCGUUAUAUACGCAUAUCACGCAACGGGGCUGACGUGACUUGUGCAGUGACAAUCAUGGCUGGUGUAAAUCCUUACAAACAUCUGCUAAAGUCUAUUAAAAUUGGACAAAAAGAAUGUCAAUAUUAUGAUAUUGGCAGUUUUGACUCAAAAUAUGAUAGAUUGCCAUUUUCCAUCCGAGUUCUCUUGGAAAGUGUUGUGCGUAAUUGUGAUGGCUUUCAAGUAACAAAAAGUGAUGUUGAGAAAGUUUUGGAUUGGGAAAAGAAUCAAGCUCUCGGAGAUGGAGUUGAAGUGGCUUUUAAGCCAGCGAGAGUUUUAUUACAAGAUUUUACUGGAGUACCAGCAGUUGUGGAUUUUGCUGCAAUGAGAGAUGCUGUGAAGAGACUUAGCGGUAAUCCUGAUAAGAUUAAUCCAAUCUGUCCAUCAGAUCUUGUAAUCGAUCAUUCGAUACAGGUUGAUUUUACAAGGAGCCCUGAUGCUUUAAAGAAGAAUGAAGAAAUGGAAUUUGUGAGAAACAAGGAACGCUUUAUGUUCCUCAAAUGGGGUGCAAAGGCAUUUGAAAAUAUGUUAAUUGUACCUCCUGGAAGUGGAAUUGUGCAUCAAGUGAAUUUGGAAUAUUUGGCAAGAGUAGUUUUCGAUUUCAACAAUCUUCUGUAUCCUGACAGUGUAGUUGGUACUGAUUCUCAUACUACUAUGGUCAAUGGUCUCGGUGUGCUUGGAUGGGGAGUUGGUGGGAUUGAAGCAGAGGCUGUUAUGCUGGGUCAAGCAAUUUCUAUGUUAAUACCACAAGUUGUAGGAUAUAAAUUGGAAGGUGCAUUGAGUCAGUAUGCUACAUCUACUGAUCUUGUUCUUACAAUUACAAAGAACUUGCGGCAAAUCGGAGUGGUUGGGAAAUUUGUUGAAUUCUUUGGGCCGGGAGUGACACAAUUAAGUAUCGCGGAUCGUGCUACUAUAUCCAAUAUGUGUCCAGAAUAUGGUGCAACUGUAGGCUUCUUUGCAGUAGAUGAACAAAGCUUGAUGUAUCUCAAACAAACAGGUCGAUCCGAAGAACAUAUUAAUAGGAUUGAGAAGUAUCUUAGAAGCGUACGUAUGCUGAGGAAUUACACUGAUACAAGUCAGGAUCCAAUUUUCUCCGAAGUGGUCACUUUGGAUUUGAGUACUGUAGUUUCAAGCGUCAGCGGACCUAAAAGACCGCACGAUAGAGUUUCAGUAACCGACAUGCAAAUGGACUUCAGAAAUUGCCUUGUAAAUAAGGUGGGUUUCAAGGGCUACGGUUUAACCCCGGCGAAGGUAAAUACUGUGGGAAAAUUUCAAUUUGAGGGAAAAGAUUAUGAGUUGAAACAUGGCUCAGUGAUCAUCGCGGCGAUUACCAGCUGUACGAAUACUAGCAAUCCGAGUGUUAUGCUUGGAGCAGGUCUUCUUGCUAAAAAAGCGGUGGAAGCUGGUUUAAGUGUCGAGCCGUACAUAAAAACAUCAUUAUCACCUGGCUCCGGAGUCGUGACUUAUUAUCUUAAGGAAAGCGGAGUGAUUCCAUAUCUGACAAAAUUGGGAUUCGAUGUCGUGGGUUAUGGAUGUAUGACUUGCAUUGGAAACAGCGGUCCGCUCCCUGAUGCUAUAAUCGAAACUAUCGAAAAAAAUGAAUUGGUCUGCUGUGGAGUUCUAUCAGGUAACAGAAAUUUUGAAGGCAGAGUCCAUGCGAACACUCGGGCGAAUUAUUUAGCGUCUCCGCUUUUGGUAAUAGCGUACGCUAUCGCUGGCACUGUGAAUUUCGAUUUUGAAAAGCAACCAUUAGGUCACAAAUCUAAUGGUAGUCCGAUAUAUUUACGAGAUAUAUGGCCGACCAGAUCAGAAAUUCAUGCUGUAGAACAGCAAUAUGUCAUUCCGGCUAUGUUCAAAGAAGUUUAUAGUAAAAUUGAACAGGGCAGCAGCAGUUGGGCGAAUUUGAUAGCGCCUACUGGUAAAUUGUACCCAUGGGAUGCUAGUUCAACGUACAUUAAAAAUCCGCCUUAUUUCGAUAAUUUGCGAAAGGAACUACCUGUAAUAAAACCGAUUAAAAGAGCGCGAGUGCUCAUAAAUGUUGGAGAUUCCGUUACGACCGAUCAUAUUAGCCCGGCGGGUAGUAUCGCGCGUAAUUCGCCAGCAGCGAGAUAUUUAGCGAGUCGUGGCUUGACACCGAAAGAUUUCAAUUCUUACGGUGCGCGCAGAGGAAACGACGAAGUGAUGGUACGGGGCACAUUUGCUAACAUUCGUCUGCUGAACAAAUUCAUUGGUAAAGCGGGACCACGAACAAUCUACAUUCCAACUAAAGAAGAGAUGGACAUAUUUGAUGCAGCUGAGAAAUAUGCGAAGGACAAGACGCCUCUGAUUGCUCUAGUUGGCAAGGAAUAUGGAUCUGGAUCUUCCAGGGAUUGGGCCGCUAAAGGACCAUAUCUGCUCGGUAUACGAGCGGUCAUAGCUGAGUCAUAUGAAAGAAUACACAGAUCCAAUCUUGUGGGUAUGGGCAUUGUUCCACUGGAAUAUCUUCCUGGACAAACUGCAGAGUCCUUAGGUUUAACAGGCUAUGAGGAAUACGACAUUCCAAUUCCCGAGAAUUGUCAACCCAAACAAAAAAUUACUGUGAGCACUGAUGAUGGCAAGAAGUUCGAAGUGAUUGUACGAUUCGAUACAGAAGUUGACUUGACCUACUUUAAACACGGUGGUAUUCUCAAUUACAUGAUUAGAACAAUGCUUUGAUGAGAUUUUUAAAAAGGAAUAGAAAUGACUUUUUUGGGAGAUUACUUAAUGCGAGUUACUUAAUAUAUUGGUUUUGGGAUAUAAAAUAUAUCUCUUUUAAAGAAGAUUGAGAUUUCAUAAAUGUGCGAAGGAAACAUAAGUAAGCAUACGAUAAUUUACAGGCGCUACUGUAAUAAAUGCCUGUUUUUUUUUUCUUAUUUCAUCCAAAACAAUCAACGUAAUUAUAUUGUUUGUAUAUACAGCGUGGGUAAUUAAUAUAUUUAUUUUAUAACAUCCAAAAUUUUAUUAAUAUACAAAUUAUUUUUAUUGGCUUUAAUAUUUGCAGUGUCAAAUUCGAUACAUAAAGUUUAUUAUAAUCAACUUCGAAAAAAUCAUUGAAUAAUUUGUAAACCGCGUUGUUCGAAAAAUUGUUUUUUUUUUAUAUUUUAUAUAAUAGUUAUACUCUUAUUAUACAUAGGGAAAAUUAUGUCUUUGCUUUUGUGUAUGUAUCACAAUAGUAAUAAAUUGUUGUAAAAUUGUUG